AUGAGGGAGGAUAGGCCCAACGGAAAAGAAGUGAGACUUUGGACGAUCGGAAGCGACACAGGAAGCGUCCUCCCGGGCCAUGGAAGCUGCCCUUCCUCCCCCGCUGCCGCCGAGGAGAUCGUCAAGAACCAGGACCUCAACUUCGCCUCCCGCCCCCAGAUCGCCUCCGCCAGGAUCGCCGGCUACCUCUGCUCCGGCAUCGCCUUCUGCCCCUUCGGCCCCUACUGGAAGCAGCUGCACAAGCUCUGCUUCCUGGACCUGCUCAGCACCAGCCGCAUCCGGACCUUCGCCUCCAUCAGGAAGGAGGAGACCCGCCAGCUGAUGAGCGACAUCUCGACGAGUUCAGGGACGACCAUCAAGAUGAGCGAGAAGCUCUCGACAAGCUGCACUACCUCAACUCAGGGAUCACAUCUCUCUCUCUCUCUCUCUCUCUCUCUCUCUCUCUAUAAGCAAAUAUGCAUACACAGGAAGCGACACAGGAAGCGUCCUCCCGGGCCAUGGAAGCUGCCCUUCCUCCCCCGCUGCCGCCGAGGAGAUCGUCAAGAACCAGGACCUCAACUUCGCCUCCCGCCCCCAGAUCGCCUCCGCCAGGAUCGCCGGCUACCUCUGCUCCGGCAUCGCCUUCUGCCCCUUCGGCCCCUACUGGAAGCAGCUGCACAAGCUCUGCUUCCUGGACCUGCUCAGCACCAGCCGCAUCCGGACCUUCGCCUCCAUCAGGAAGGAGGAGACCCGCCAGCUGAUGAGCGACAUCUCGACGAGUUCAGGGACGACCAUCAAGAUGAGCGAGAAGCUCUCCACGCUGACGAACAAGAUUGUGUCCCGGGCGGCGUUCGGCCGGGGGAACGGGCACCCGGAGCCAAUCCUCGCGACCAUCAGGGAGGCGCUCGACCUGGUGUUGGGUUCUACUUCGCCUACGUGUUCCCGUCGCUAAGCUUCCUGGACUACCUGACCGGCGCCAACUUCAAGCUGAGGAAGCUUCACCGACAGUUCGACGCGGUUUUGAGCGCCAUAAUCGAGGAGCACGAGGCCAACGGCAGAGACUCCAACGAGGUCGAGCACAUGGUGGACGUGCUACUGAGGGUCAAAGACGACCCUGAGCUGGAAAUCCCAAUGAUCAUGGACAACGUGAUGGCUGUGAUCCCGGACCUAUUAGUCGGAGGAACUGAGACCUCGUCGGACGUCCUCGUAUGGGCCAUGUCGGAGCUGACGAGAAACACAGAGGCGAUGGAGAGAGCAUAGAGAGAAGUGAGACAAGUUCUCCAAGGAAAGAACGGGGUCGAGGACAGCGACAUCGACAAGCUGCACUACCUCAAGUGCGUCAUCAAGGAGACACUGAGGCUGCACCCUCCUCCGUCCCCCCUGCUGCUGCGUUCCUGCAAGCAGACAUGCGACGUGCUCGGGUACGAGAUCAGAGCCGGCACAAAGGUCUGUAUCGACGCGUGGGCGAUCGGCAAAGACCCGCGACACUGGGACGCCGCCGACAGCUUCAGGCCAGAGAGGUUCGAGGAGGGUAUGUUAGUUUGGCAAGUCUCAUGGUCCCACGUCGGGAAAAUCAGACUUGUUGUCUCGUAUUGGAACUAUAAAUAAGGGUCUGAGCUUUGAAGUCAUAUGCACCACAAGAAAACCUAAGUAAUUACUUUGGUUUAAGUCCACACUCAGUUAAAUAGUUUGGACUUAUACUUUGGGUUUUUCUUGUUUAGUAUUUUUGGGUGUUUUAUGGCCUAGGAACAUCUUCUUAAGGCAUUUAUAAUAGUUCCUUUUCAUAGUAGUGAUUUGCUCCUCUUUCGUCCGUGGAUGUAAAUCAAAGUCAAUUGACCGAACCACGUAAAUAUGGUGUUCUUGUCGCUUUUA